AUGCCUAUGGCCCAAACUGCCGAAAGCGUGCCGGCUGCGGGCAACUCGCUUACACCAGAACAAGUUAUCACGCUUCGGAAUCAAGUGUCUGCCUUUAAGCAGCUCUCCCGGAAUCAGCCCAUGACACAAGCGUCGCAGCAGAAAGCUGCUGAGGAAGACGCAAAACCCACACCGACUGCCUCGUCGUUGGCGACAAAAGUUGCCGAUGCAGCCGCCGAUUCGCAUGCCGCACUUUUGGCUGCCAAUGGCGCUGCUGUACCGAAUACCGCGACUCCCCCAGCAGACUCACAGCGCGCCGAGACGCCCAAGGACGAUCCCAAGAGCGGCAUCCAUCCAUACAAUGCGUUCCUGCAUCCUUUUACGCUCCUGGCCAAGCCAAGCACAAAAGGCGGCGACGAUCUGGCCGCUAUGCAGCAGCGUCUCUUGAUCCCCAGCCUGCUUCCUUCUGGCCUCAAUGCCCGCCUUUUGCUUGAGGAACGCGACCGCUUCAUCGAUGCACGCGUUCAGCAGCGCAUCCGCGAGCUGGAGUCUUUCCCAUCCACCAUGGCACAAGUGCCUACAAUGGAUGCUGCUGCAGAGUUGAGCAAAAAACCGCUUCAUGAUCAGUUCACCGGAAAUGCUGGCCAUGGCCGCAACAGCAAGGUGAAGGCGCUAAUUGAGUUGAAAUCACUUCACCUUUUGAAACGUCAAAAGCAGCUCCGCGAAAAGGUUGUCGCUAGUAUGCAACUGGCGACGACGCUUGGCCUUGAUCGCUCGGCUUUCCGUCGCGUGCGCAAGCAAGCACUUCGCGACGCGCGCGUCACCGAACAGCUCGAGCGAAAGCAACGAACGGAGCGUGAGCGCAAGGCCAAGCAGCGCCACACGGACUAUUUGUCCAUGAUUUGUGCGCACGGCAAGGACCUCGUCGCUGCGCACAACAAAUCGUCGGAGCAAGCCAAGAAGCUCGGCCGUCUUGUGCUCAAGUUCCAUUCGGAUUCGGAGCGCGAGGAGCAAAAGCGCAUCGAGCGCGUCGCCAAGGAUCGUCUCAAUGCGCUCAAGGCAGACGACGAAGAAGCGUACUUGAAGUUGAUUGACACGGCCAAAGACACGCGCAUUACCCACCUUCUGCAGCAGACGGAUGCAUACCUUGACACUCUUGCACAAGCUGUGCAAGCACAGCAGAACGAUGAUGUACAUAUGGACAUACCUGCGGUUGAAAAGUCGCGCCUCCUCUCGGAAGGAGGUGUCGACGAGACGACUUUUGGCGCGUCCAAACAGGACGAUGCCGAAGAUACCGGCCGUGUAGACUACUACUCUGUGGCGCAUCGCAUCUCAGAAAAGGUUGUGGAGCAGCCCUCAAUUCUUGUGGGCGGCAAGCUGAAGGAUUACCAGAUGAAGGGUUUGCAAUGGAUGGUGUCUUUGUACAAUAAUCGCUUGAACGGCAUCUUGGCCGACGAGAUGGGCCUUGGAAAAACUAUUCAGACCAUUUCGCUUAUUACCUUUUUGAUUGAGCACAAAAAACAGAAUGGGCCUUACCUUGUCAUUGUACCGCUUUCUACCCUUACCAACUGGGUUAACGAGUUCAACAAAUGGGCGCCUGCUGUUUCCACGCUUGUAUACAAAGGAACUCCCAGUAUGCGCAAACAGCUUGCCUCGCAGCUCAAGAUGGGCACGUUCCAAGUGCUGCUCACCACCUACGAGUACGUUAUCAAGGAAAAGAAUUUGCUCGGCAAAAUCAAGUGGACCCACAUGAUCAUUGAUGAAGGCCACCGCAUGAAAAACACACAGAGCAAACUCACGCAAACCCUCACGCAGUCCUACUCUAGCCGCUACCGACUUUUGCUGACGGGCACACCGCUGCAAAACAAUUUGCCCGAGCUAUGGGCGCUGCUCAACUUUGUGCUUCCCAAGAUCUUCAACUCGAUCAAGAGCUUUGACGAGUGGUUUAACACGCCUUUUGUCAACACAGGCACCACCGACUCGAGCAUGCAGUUGAGCGAAGAAGAGGCGCUGCUUGUCAUUAAGCGUCUCCACAAGGUUUUGCGUCCUUUCUUACUACGCCGUUUGAAGAAGGAUGUAGAGGGCGAGCUGCCAGACAAGGUCGAAAAAGUGGUCAAAUGCCGCAUGAGUGCCCUUCAAAUGAAGCUGUAUCAACAGAUGAAGAAGUACAAGGUUAUUCUCAGCGAUAUUGGCCAGCCAGGUUCCAAGGUGAAACCGCAAGGGAUUCGCGGUUUGCAAAACGCCAUCAUGCAGCUGCGCAAAAUUUGCAAUCACCCCUACGCUUUCGAACAGGUAGAGGCGAUUAUCAACCCCACCAAGGAAAACGGGCCAGACUUGUACCGCGUCGCGGGCAAAUUUGAACUACUCGACCGCAUCCUCCCGAAACUGUUUGCCACGGGCCACCGUGUCCUGAUCUUUUUCCAAAUGACUGCAAUUAUGGACAUUAUGGAAGACUUUAUGCGUUUCCGCGGCAUCAAAUACCUGCGCCUUGAUGGCUCCACCAAACCAGACGAUCGCUCCAUUUUGCUCAAGGAAUUCAACAAGCCAAAUUCGGAGUACGAUGUGUUUAUUCUGUCUACGCGUGCGGGUGGUUUGGGCCUUAAUUUGCAAUCUGCCGACACUGUCAUUAUUUACGACUCAGACUGGAAUCCGCACCAGGAUUUGCAGGCGCAAGAUCGUGCGCACCGUAUCGGACAAAAGGUGGAAGUGCGCAUUCUGCGUCUCAUCACGGAAAAGUCGGUGGAGGAAACCAUUCUGUCGCGAGCACAGUCCAAGCUGGAAAUCAAUGGCAAAGUCAUCCAGGCAGGCAAGUUUGACAACCAGGCCACCGCGGACGAGCGUGAAUUGCUUCUGCGUGCCAUGCUAGAAGCAGACAAUGAGGAGGAAGAGGAAGAAGAGCGCGCCGAGCUGAACGACGACGAAAUGAACGAAAUGCUCGCGCGUUCGGAGGGCGAGGUGCAGCGCUUCCAAGAAGUGGAUCGCGAGCGCAACGCCGAUGAAGAGGCCGAGUGGCGUGCUUUGGGAAACACUGGGCCUGUCCCAGAGCGGCUCAUCACCGAGGCGGAGCUGCCCGAUGUAUAUCGACGCGACUUUGACGCCGAGUUUUUCGACAGCACGCCAGAAGAACAGCCUCUGUCUCGUCGCCGCAAUGUGGUGCAUUACGACGACGGGCUUACCGAUGAUCAAUUUUUGCGCGCCUUGGAGGGCGAGGAAGAUUUGUCACAUGUCGUGGAGCGCAAGCGAGAGCGCGCAGAAAAGCGCCGCAUGAAGCACUCUCGAAGCGAAACAGGCACGCCCGAUCCGCUCUCUGCCCCCGAAUCCCUCGCCGAUUCUGUCGAGUUGAAACGGAAGCACGGCAUGGAAAUUGAUGCAGAAUCCGCGCUGCUUUCCAAGGACGAGCUGAACAAACGACGCAAGCUAGACAAGCACCAAGAGCGGGUGUUGGCUGGUAUUCGCGACAUGUAUCAGGCAGCAGAACGUGCCGAAGAGCAACAGACGGGUCGUUUGCGCGUAAGCCUUUUCCUCGAGAUCCCGAAACGCAGCAUGUACCCCGACUACCAUGUCUUGGUUGCACAGCCCAUUGCCAUGAGACAAAUUCGCCGCAAGUUAGAUACCAAAGCUUACCACUCCUUGGAGCAGGGCAAGCAGGACUUUGAUCUCAUGUUUAAUAAUGCGCGAACCUACAACCAAGAAGGCUCGCUCAUUUGGAAAGAUGCUGAAGAGAUGCAGCGUGUUGUGGACAGCGCCUAUGCAAACGCCAAGGAGCGUAUGGAAGAGGUCAGCGACGCAGAAGGCACCGGCCCCGUUUCCUCGGAAGCGGAUCCUAUGAACGUAUUUUUAGAAAGUGCGGAGCAGUCUACGGAUGGGGACACACUGCCGCGCGAGCAGCCCAAGGUUGGUUUGAAAAUUAAGCUUUCUAUGGCUGGCCGCCGUAAACGUAUGUAG